CACAUGUCACACCAUGCUACGAGGAUUGAUUUAUAAUAUCUGAGUAUCUCCGAUUCAUCUGAUAUUGUGUAUGCCAUUUACUAUAUCAUUUAUUAUAUCAGAGCAUAGUCGGACAACGCCGCUGCGAUGUCAGCCCCCAUGAUAGCUUGGGCCCCGGUGGUCAACCGCGCCUAUCGAUUUAUGACCUCGUUCAGUAUGGCGUCGCAUCCUUCAAUUGAUAUUCCCUCGGUCAACAUCCACGAUGUAGAGACGGCCCCGGAGAAGAGGGCAAGGACGCUCAAGCACCUGAUAAAAGCUAACCAUGUGAACUUCGCUAUCUUGUUCCACGAUCUACAGUUCGACAACCACAUGGCUCACAUCUUGUGCUCUGCAUAUAUACUCGGGGCGAACGAGGACCACCUGAACCAUAUAUACAUCGAAAUGUCAAAAAUCCUGGAGGAGUGGACGGAUUCCCCAGCUGAGAUAACAGACCAGGAUUGGAGGCAGUUCUUGGGGGACAGGAGGUACCAGAGGGCAUAUGUGGAUUUUUUCGAGGACGAGCUCGCGUUGAAGCAUGAUUACGACUGGAAGAUAGUUGUGAAGGAAUUCUUUUUUGAGGGCGAAAACCCCUUGAUAAACUGUGUCAUCAGCGGCCUUGGCCAUCCUUUAAUACAGCUCGGUUAUGCGUUCGAAUUCAACAGCAAGGAGAUCGCCAUGGAAGCUCUCGGGCUUGCCGCAGUUUCCUAUAACCACCUGCAUAAGUACUCCGACGAUACAUCAUAUACGAAACCUUCCGAGAACCCGACUGCUUCUAUCUUUGAAGUCCUGCGCAGAAUUGGCGUCGACAACCGCUUCGAUGGCAUCUUCAAGAAUAAAAGUGGCAGUAACUCUUCCUAUCUUUUCGAGCACCAUGAGAGCCUCGUCCUCGAGCACUGGAAUUCAUGGGCCAUCGAGGACCCCAUCAAGCAGUUUGAAGAGUCUCAGAAGGCUGCCGCAUCGUUGCUAGCUGCCACCGUUGCGGCCGGGGCAAAGGACUACGAUUUCUUCCUUGUCCAUAUUCUCACCUCCAGCCAUGCAGUGAGGAUUCUCCUCCCUUUUGUUCCGAAGAAGUUCCACGUCGGCGUUGUGAGACAAUGGUUUCUUCUAGCUAUUGCCGUCUAUAUUGGCCAACUGAGGCCGAAAAUCGACUGGGCGCCAGUGGAGAAAACGCAAGUGGGAGAUAAAGGGUGGAAGUACGUCGUCAACAAGGCAGUUGCGGGGUCAUUUUCGACUGAUGCCCAUUACGUGAAAGCACUUCGCGCCCUGAAAGAGGCUGCGUCGACAUGGGGUGAUGCUGAUGGACUAUAUCUGUCUGCUGCGGUUAGGUUUGCCGACGAGUUCAACGGCUGGCAUGGCUUUGGUGCAGACAGGAAGGAGCAUUAAUGAGGAGGGAGCGGAUGCGUGUGCGUGUGCGUGUGCGU